CAAUCGCUCAUGAGUUCUCUCAUGUCACUUGUAAAUUAGCAACUAAAAAAAACAGAAUGAUAAUGAUAAUAAAGUUAAAAAAGUGUGUAACAUAAAUUACAUAUCACGAUUAUGAAUAUAUAAAUAAAUCGCGGAUAAAUAACAGAGUUAUGUAAAUAAAAAACUAUAAUAAAACAUAAAUAUUUUUUAUCACCACCUGACACUAGUGUCAUGGCGCUCAGUGACAAAUCAUCGGUAGUGCAUCAGUAGUGAUCAGCAGGUACACACAUUAGUGACUACUCGUGACUUGUUAAAUAAAAUAAUUUGAAUCCAGUGAUGUGUUUUUAACCUCAGGGUUUUAAAUUAUCACAGAACAAUCACCAACAUGCUGGUUAACUGUACGUAAAUAAUUAAAAAAAAAACAAUAAUCAACAAUUGGGAAAUAAUUAUUUUAAUAAAAAGUGUUUUUUAACACCGGCGAUGUUCCUCCGUACCGCUGAUUCGCAAAUUUAUUGAGAGCUCUAGGCUGUGGCCUAUUGCAGAAAAUGGCCGCAUGUGUAUGAAAAAAAAAAAGAAAAAAACGUACACCGAAUACCGAAUGUUUUUUAAAAAUAAAUAAAUCAACAAUGCCGUAAUUAUUGUGGUGGUUUUUAAAAUGAUAAUAUUAUUUAGUGCUGAUGAUUGUGAGUAAAAAAAAAUUUUAUUGAUCAGACGGUGGGCUUAUGACAGGGUAAUAAUUAUUUAUAAAACUGGAGUAGGAAAAAAAAGGGCCUAAAAGUGUUGUAUUGUGUCGGCAUGCUGUCUCACGGUCAUCGACCGGAGGCUUAGAAACGAGAUGUCGAGUUCCCCAUGGAUACGCCACUGACUUUUAUCAUCAUCAACUAUUAAAUAAUCAGCAGGACACUAUCGCACUAUUUUUAUUAUUUAUUACUGUGAAAAAAAAACUAAGUUGAUUAAAGGUACUGGUUUAAAUACCAGCUGAUGAGUUUUCUUUGUUAAAAUAAUCAAGCAGUUGUCAAGUUGAUCAACUCACCAUGUUGUUAAUUAAUAAAACGUAAUAAUAAACAAACAAACAAGUGAUAUAUAAAAUGUCAAGAUUGUGGUACUGCGAGUCUUCAAGUUCAAGUUGAUUAUUUUUUUAGUAAAAUGGGAAAAAAAAUUAAUAACACACUUGGCAUUAUUGCCUUUGUGUUUAUUAUUUAUUUGUCGACGAGAGUUGAUGGAUUAAAAUGUUACUGCGACAUUUGUGUCGAUACCAAUCACACAUGCGAGACAGACGGCUACUGUUUUGCAAGUACAAGUCGCGAAGAUGACGUCAUCACACACGCGUACAGGUGUUACGAUAAGACGCGGUUCUUCCCAGCACCCGAAUAUUCAGUAUGGUGUAGCAACAAUGAGACAGUACGAGGUCCUGGAACAGACGAAUUUGUAAUCGCAUGUUGCGAUAAUAAUGACUACUGCAACCGCGACCUACAGCCUUUGGCUAAUUCUCCUCGUGGUAUAUACAGAUUUGAAAGAGUAACGUCCGGUGGAGACGGAGUUGCAGCAUGGGCCACCUGGAAAAUGGCCCUGACGAUAGCACUGCCAAUUUGCGCAAUUUGUGUUGUCGUAAUGGUGGUUUAUCAUAUACAUAUGAGUCGGCAUCGGCCUGCGAGACAUUUUCCCGAUGACUCGAUGGAAGCACCUGAGAGACCUAUUCUUGGUGGUGUCACUAUUAGAGACAUGCUUGAGAUGACAACUAGCGGCAGUGGUUCAGUAGGCCUGCCAUUGUUGGUUCAGCGGAGUAUCGCCCGACAAAUCCAAUUGGUUGAGACAAUUGGGAAGGGUAGAUUUGGUGAAGUUUGGCGUGGAAGAUGGCGAGGUGAAAAUGUCGCUGUUAAAAUAUUUAGCUCACGUGAAGAGAGAUCUUGGUUCAGAGAAGCUGAAAUUUAUCAGACUGUCAUGUUGAGGCAUGAUAAUAUUCUUGGAUUUAUUGCUGCUGAUAAUAAAGACAAUGGAACGUGGACGCAAUUGUGGCUCAUAACGGAUUAUCACGAGAAAGGCUCGCUAUUCGAUUACCUAAAUCGGUCAACAGUCGAUACGAAGGGUAUGAUGAGGAUGGCACUCACCAUGGCAACGGGUCUUGCUCACUUACACAUGGAGAUUGUUGGUACACAGGGUAAACCAGCAAUAGCUCAUCGUGAUCUCAAGUCUAAAAAUAUUCUUGUCAAAACAAAUGGCACGUGUGCUAUUGGUGAUCUGGGUCUCGCUGUAAGGCAUGACGUUAUCACCGACACUGUUGACAUUCAGCUUAAUAAUCGUGUCGGGACCAAACGUUACAUGGCUCCUGAAGUCCUUGAAGAGACGAUAAACAUGAAUCAUUUUGAUGCCUUCAAGAGGGCUGACGUCUAUGCUCUUGGUUUAAUACUGUGGGAAAUUGCCAGAAGGUGUAAUGUCGGUGGUAUUUAUGAUGAUUACCAGCUACCGUUUUAUGAUCUGGUGCCUUCGGAUCCUACUAUUGAAGAAAUGAGAAAAGUUGUUUGUACAGACCGUCAGAGACCUUCUAUUCCAAAUAGAUGGCAAUCUAUUGAAGCACUACAAGUUAUGUCUAAAGUUAUGAAAGAAUGUUGGUAUCACAAUGCAGCAGCAAGACUUACUGCUCUGCGUAUUAAAAAAUCACUGGCUAAUUACGGGAGUAUAGCAGACAUUAAGUAAGUAAGUAAUUUGGACUCAUGGAUUAAUACCAACUUGGAUUACCAACGAAUGAACAAAACGUAAUCACAUAUGCAUGCUCAGGAAUGAAAUAAAAUAAAAAGAUCUUAUUCAGCAACACAAGUAACAUACAAUUUAAUAAAUAUUAAAUAUGUAUGUUGGUAUAAUUUAUUUAUAAUUUAAAAAAAAGGAGACUGAUGACAGAAAAUAAACGGACAAUUUUUUACAAUUGUAUUUGUAUGUAUAACAACGAUCAUGUCAUUGCUUUGCAAUUGAUUAAAUUUAGGCUUUAAAAAUAUGAAAUUUUAUUUUUACACAUUUUAAAAUUAAAAUUAAUAAUUAUUUGGGGUAUUGAUUGUAGAGAAAAAAUUUGAAAAAAUGAAUUUUUGAUCUUGGCUUUAUGCUAAAAAAAAAGUCUCGGUAUGUGAUAGAUAUUUUUUUAUUUAGUAAUUUGUCUUUAAAUAAUUAUAUUAAUAUAGAAAUUUCAAAAUUAAUUGAAGCUUUAUUUUGAUAAGUGCAUUAAUAAUCGAUUGUUUAUUCACUAGUGUAAUCGAUUGCGAGUUAUUGAAAUUAGCUUUAUCAUCUUACAUUUAAAAUUUAAAUUAGUUAUUAAUGGGAACUAAAAAAAAAACCAGUGAACGACUGCUAGUCGGCGACUGUUGCUCUACAAUUAUUCUCAUCAGUGUUAAAAAAAAAUAUGAUGAUUGAUGAUUUAACUGAUGACGGAAAUUUGAGAAUUAAAAAAAAAAAUUUGUAGCAUUUAAGUACACCCGAAUAUUUUUGCUCAAAUUUAAACGAAUAAAUUUAAAAAAACCGCGCACGCAGUGCUGGUCAUUAAAUUUUUAAUCUGCAGAUAAUUACGUACUUUUGUGACUUAUCAUUUUUUUUACUGCUAAAAAAGUUAAUUAAAUUUUUCUGAACUUUAUCGGAUUGAUAAAAAAAAAUAUUUUAUUAUUGUAAACAUUUUUAAUAUGGAGUAUAAUUAAUAAUUGUCCUUCAGAAAUUAUUAAAUACAAGGUAAGUGACCUAGUUUUUGACCUUUUGAAGAUUGCAAAUAAAAACUUUUUUUUUUUUACACUAAAGUUGUCACUUUAAAUUACGGUAACGUUAAUUUAUUUGUUUACAUAAAAUUUUUAUUUUUUUAAUUAAAAAAAUUAUGGAAAGGUUGGAAACUGGAACACGGUUAAUUACUGGGUCAUUAAACUUUUAAUUAUUGAACUGAACUAUUCAAAAUUUAUAAAUUUUUAUUUAUUUGAUUUUUGCUAAAAAAAUUUUAAAUAAAAAAAAGCUGAUUUUUAAAAAUAAUUUAUAAAACUAUCAAGUCCUUAUAAUUUCUUUUUUUUUUUUUCCAAAUUCUGAGCCAAUAAAAAAAUUUACAAGCAAUAAUAAAUAUCAGAAAAAUUUUCUCAUUAAAAAUCAAUACUUAGAAAUGUCAAAAUUGAAUUUUAUCGAUAAUUUUUAAUGAAAUUGAGAUUAAAAAAUUUCAAAUCAAUCUCCUGAAACAUUCCAUAGAUUUAAAGAAAAAAAUCUAAUGGAAAAAAAAAAAAUUUGAGUUUGAAUUAAAAUAAAUUAGGGCAAGUAAAAAUAUGAAAAAUAUUUUUUUGUCAGUAAAAAACAUGGAAGGCUGAAGUAAAAGGGUGCUAAUAAUGAUUAGCGAUAGACUGGAAGCAAAUGAGCAAAUACGAAUACAAUAAAACUAAAACUAAUAAUAAUUAAUUGAAUAAAUAAAAAAAAGGGUGUGUAAAGAUAAAUAAGAAGGUGUAAAUGUAAAGGAGUAUAAUAAUUGGAUCAAACAAAAUUUAAAAAGACUCUAUUUUCGGUAAUUUUAUUUGUAGAUUCGUGAUAAUGAUAAAAGAAUAAAAAAAAAAAAUAAAAUAAACAAUUUAGUGAGUACUAACUAUUGUUAGGUUUGAGAUGUGAUUGAUAUGAAUAGGAUACGAUACGAUACAAUUACGAUAUGAUAUGAUAUGAAUUGGAGGAAUGAUUAAAUGCUGAGUGUGUAAUUCAUUUAUUAUUAAUGGAAUGGAAGGAAUAGAAAUAAAAAAAAGUAAAUAAAUAAAUGAAAAAUGAUAGCAGCCUAUGUGAGCCGUGAAACGUUUAGACUGAUUAUGCUUCGAGGAACAAAUAAGAAAGCUUGUUUUUAUUAUUUUUAAAAAAUGAUAUCGACAAGUAACAUGUGGUUUUGGAUUACUGAGUUACAAGAUUAAAAAAUAAGAAAUAAAUAAAAAGGAAUGAGAGAAAAAAAUAUCAGUGGACAAAAAAAAACUUGAGCGAUAAAUUUCAAAUUUUUUUUUUAGUUUUUUUGGUAAUAUUUUUAAUGAUUACCAAAAAAAAUAUGUAUGAUUAAUUAAUUUAAUCAUUUGAUUUAAUUGAAUCUUCGUCAUCCAGUGGAACUGCACUAAAAAUUUAUUAUAAAUUUAAAAAAAUUAUGUAAUUAUUAUAAAAAAAAAAAUUAUGAGUAAGGUAAGACCCAGUACUCGAUCAGGGAACUAGUACCCGAUGACUCGUAUUUGUAUCACGGAAAAUAAAUAGUUGCUACAAAAGCUGCUGUAGUUGAGGCUGUACUUUAGUCCAGCGGAAACUCCGAAAUAGGAGACAUUUUAAAAAUUUAGUGCAAAUUUGAUUAAAAAUAUAUGCCACCUACAAAUACCCGUGAAAACAACAAAGUCAUCACUUCAGGGUUGAUGAGAAAAAAAAAUAAAAAAACUUUUUUUGUAUCUAUAAAAAAUAAUGUAAUAGAUUUUUGAAAUUUCGAAGAUGAAAUUUACUGAAUUUUUACAAGGGUGUGACACUGAAACAAAAAAAGAUUUCUACAUAUCGCUGCGGUAUGAGUUUAAACAGUCCUGCUAUAGGUACACAUUUCUUCCUAUUUCAGUGACACAUCCUUAUAAAAAUUCAGUAAAUUUCAUCUUGGAAAUUUCAAUUAUCUAUUACGUGUUAUUUUUUGUAGAUACAACAAAAAUUUCUUAUAUUUUUUAUGUGAAUUUUUUUUCUCUACAAGUUUUGUUCGAAAGAUUUUUACAAAUUUUUCUUGUUUAUGAAGUAUUGGCAAAAAAUCUGUUUUUGGGUUUUUUAAAAUUUUUUUUCUCAUCGACUGCUGGGAUGAUAACUUUUUUAUUUUGGGUGAUGUCAUAGACCUUUAAGCAAAUUUGCACCAACUUUUGAGAAUGUUGCCUAUUUCGAAGUUUCGACUGGACUAAUUUAUGUAGUACUUUACUUCAUGGAGUACCCACUACUACAAUAUUGUGCACGGAAAAAAAUAGAUAGUACUGGUUACUGCUCUGCGCAGUAAUCGACCAAAAAUAUCGGGAUGAAUCCAUUUUGACAUGAACGAUUCAUACUAGAACAGGAGUCAUUGCUCAACACGUACUAUUAUUAUUUAAACAGUAACCAAUACUGUGUUACAUAGUACAGAAGAAAGUAUUCAAACCUCUUAGCACAGCUCUUGUCGCUGUAUAGAAUUUACUAUUUAGUGACAGGAAUGGUUACUUAGAUCUCGUAGAUCUCAUUAACAUCCAGAACAGUACUCAGUCCUGCUUUGACAUGAACUGUUACUAAAUUCCUAUGUAUCUCUAUUGUCAAGAAUAGUAAAGACACAUAUGUUAAAAUGUAUUUUUCCCUAUAUUUUUCCUUGAUUACUGCGCAGAACUGUAAUCAGUACUAUCUAUUUUUUUCCGUGUGGUUGGAAGAACCACCAUUGUUUUUUCCAUGAUAAAUUUACUAAAUUUAUAUAUACAAAUACAUAAAGUAAUCUGGUACUAGGUCUUUUACCUUAAUACGUAAGAGUAAACGUAUUUUUUUCCGUUUUUCUUUUCAAUGCCGUCUACCCGGGUCGAAAAUUUUAUCUAUUUUAAAUCAAAUAAAAAUUUUUAUUCAAUUUAUUUAGCAUGUGAAAUUUAAUCGUUUUGUCCGUACUAGGGUAGAAAUAUCAUUUGUUGCCACUGCUCCAUUUUUGGACACAAAACUUUAUUUUAAUUAAUGAAAAAGUAUAAAAUAAAAUUUUCAUUGCAACAGUGUGAUAAAAAUAUCUUUAUACAUAUUUUAAAAAUUGAUUAUGUCAUUGCGUUUUUUACAAAUUACUUUAUAUAAAUUUUUCAAGUCUCCAAAACUAGCCCUGUGGCCAAAAACUCUACUCUAUUUAUUUUUAUUUAGACUAUUGUCAGACUUGUUUUAAAUAAUUUUUAGUCUGGUUUUGGUCGCCUUUACAUCGAAAUCAGAUUUUAAUUCUCAAAAUAUUUUGUUAGUAUCCAGACUAAUAUAAGACUUUUUCUGUCUAUUAUUUUUAGCCUUUGAUUGUCUGUAGAUAAAAAUCACCUUAAAAUUUUAAAGACAUCAACUAGUUCAAAUACGGAGCAAAUUGUCUAAAAAAAAGUCCAAUUACACAAAAAUUAUGUCAAAUUUUUCGACCCGGGUAAUACGCGAUUUAUUUAUCUUUUGGAUAAAAUAGUGUUAUUUAUUUUAAAAUACCCGGGCCCGACUGUCUACCGAGCAGAAUGAUAAUGAUUACCCAUUAUUAUUAUUACAUGAAUACAUAUAAAUAAUAUUAAUAAUAAUAAUAAUAAUAAAUAUAGUUAUUGAUCCGUGUUUAAUAACUUACUCAUGGAUCGCAAUUCACUCAAAGACUGAAAUACAUAUUCAUAGUAGAUUUACAUCAGAGUUUUUACAAUUUUAAAAAUAAUAAAUAAAUAGUUACAACAACGUACUAAGUCGAUUAGAUAUUUUAUAACUCGAUUUUAUACUUUAAAUAUUUAUUUAUAAUAUUUAUGUAUUAACUGAUACUGAUGAUACUGAUUCUACAGUUUACGAUUUUAAUUAUCGCACUUACUUUUUUUAUCUGACGUUCUCCCAAUUACAUUCCUGUUAAUUAUGUAGGAUAUUUUUUUUUAUAUAUAAAUAUAUAUAUAUAUUUAUAUAUGAAGUAUGUUAUUAAUAUUACGAGUAGUUUUUUUUAAUUUCAUUUCGCUUUUAAUUGUAAAGUUAAUUAUUGAGUGCGUUGGGUUUAUUUUUAGUAGAUUUAAAUUUAUUGUCGACUAGUUUUAUCGAAACUUCCAAUAGAAUAUUUAAAUAAAUGAGCUCCCGCAGUUAUUACCACUAGUACAAUAAUGUGCCAAUACAUUGACAGCUGAAGUUUGUAAUUGAAUCCAGAUAAAUAUUUAAAUAAUAAUAAUAAUCAAGCUUGACAUCCAACUUCAACAAUCAAUAAAACCUCCAUAUUUAAUUGAAAUAAUAUAUAAAUAUAUAUAUAUAUAUAUUAAAUUAAUUAAAUCUAAGUAAAAAGUAUAAUGCAAUCCUGCAAGACAUUUUAAUAAAUUUUGAAAAAUACUAAAGAAAAAAUUCGAGGAAAAAAGUAAGGGAAAUUAUUUAUAUUUUUAUGUUAAUUUAUGAAAAUUUUGUAGUUAUUUAGUCAUGCAAAUUACCGUCUUUUUUAUGUUUAAUCAGAUGAAUUGACUGACAAUUGACGUCACAAAUGAUUUGCUCAAUUUUUCGGUCAUUUUUUUAAAAACAAUUUUCUAAAAUUCGUAAAAAAUUUAUCUUCACUUCUAUUUAAACGUCAAAUGGCAGAAAAAUUUUUCGAUCAAUUUUUUUAAAAAUAAUUUUCUAGAUAAUAUUAAAUGUUCAAGUACUUGCUAUUGUAAGUAAACUGCAAGUCGUAUCACUCAAUAUAAUAAUUGAUUUUUUUUUUAAAUUCAUACAAAAUUUAUCUUCACUUCUAUUUAGUAGUCAAAUGACAGUAAAAAAUUUUUCGGUUAAUUUUUUAUAAAAUAGUUUUCUGGGCAAAAUUAAUUCCGCGCGGGAACCGCGAUUAAAUUCAAAAAAUGAACGUUGGUCAAUUUUUCGCUUGUCAGUUGACGUCCAUUGACUGAAGAUUCCUCUGACUUACAUCACAACAAUGAUGUAAAAAUAUGACUUUACAUAAUUCUUUUUUCAAAGCAAUCACUGAAAAUAAAGUAUAUUUAAAUUUAAAAAAAUAAUUAUUGGCGGUAAAUAAAUUUUUCUUAUCAGUUUACUAUAAACUGGAUUUAAAAAAAAAAUUUUCAUAUUUCUAUUGAAUUUUUUUAUCAAAAAUGCUGAGCUGUAAGGUAGAAGCCCCUAUACCCACUCAGUACCAUUACUCGCUCACUUUAACUGGCUGAUGCGUUUUUUAUCAUUUUUAUAAAGAAAAAUUUCAACUAAAACAAUUAUUAUUGAUAAAUAAUUAUUUGUGAAUCUAAAUAUAUUAAAAUAUAAAGUACAAAAUUAUUUUAUAAUAGAUUAUAAAUUUAAAUUAAGUGACUGUUUUCAAAAUCGCGCUCAGCCGGGCAUUUUUUACUUUAACGUUCAUUCAUUUGAUUAAAUUUAGAUUACGUCAAAUUUUUUAAGAAUUGUUAUAACUAUAUCUUGUUAAAUAUAUUUUUAAAAUUCAUGAAAUUUUAUAUUAUGAAAGAAUAAAGUGAUAUAAUUUAUAAAUUAUUUUCCAAAUCAAUAAUCUUAUCAUAGUUUAAUUGAUAUUGUCUUUGAGCGACUAUAGGGCCAUGUGUUGGUCGAGUAAUGGGACAUCACAACUUUUAGUGAGCGACUAUGGGUACACUCAAGGACCUUAUUUAAAAAAUUAAUAAUAAUUAAUUCUCAACAUUAUUCUUCAAACUAAAAUUUUAUUCUAAUACUCAAAACUACAAAAAAUAACUAAAAAAAAAAAAUAUGAUUUUUCAUUUUAUUUAAUCAUUUAUAUUGAGUGAUUUAAUCUCACUCCAAUGAAAAGUGAGUGGGUAUAGAAGCUUUUACCUUGUAUGGAAAUUUUCCCGCGAUUUUUUUUCUUUAGUAUUUUACUCAAUUAUUUAAAUUAAUUUUCCAAAAUUUAUUGUUAAAAUUUUUUUUAUUGAAAUAAGUCAGUUGGGCCCGUGAAAAAAAAAAAAAAACGAAACAGUCUGACUCUAAUUAUGGGUAACAGUAAAACUGCCAAUCGCAACAUACAAUUAAAAUGUAUAAUUAUUAAUCAGUUUAUAAAUUAUUAUUAAUUUAUCAAUUAAUAAUAAUUCCACACCCACACAUAUACAUAUAUAUAUAAAUAUACACCAUAUAUAUUUAUUUUGCCAUUGAAAAACCAAAUUUGUAAACAAAUGUAUGUAUACCGUUACAAAAAUUCCGCGAAUUUAGAAUGCGAGAGUGACCCAUUAUAAUAUAAUUAAAAAAAUAAUAAUAAUUAUUAUUAUAUAUUAUCAAUAUUUAACAAUACGUUAUUUAUAUCGCUUUGUAUAUGGUUUUUUUUAUUUGGUAUAGUACUAUUAAUUAUUAUUAAUAAAUUACUAUUAUUAUUAUUAAUUAAUAAAUAAACAAAUAAUUAUAAUGAUGAUGAUGAUGAUUGAGCUAAAAUGUUUGCGUUAUAGGAUUAAAAUAUUUAGCUUAUGCUUCGUCAGCUAUUUACGUACUUGGAUCUAAUCAGAAAAUGAGAAUAUUCCGACGAGACGGUUUAGAAAAAAAAAAAAACUAGUAAAUAAUAA